UAUAUUCUAUAUAUAGCCAAAGCAGAUACGAUAUUCGGCUUCAGUUGAGUUUCGAGUGUUCAACGGCUAUGGAUAAAUUAUUUCUGCAACUGAAUGUGUGCACGGAGUUGAUUGAAAAGUUAACAAACCUUGAGUCGUUAAAUAAGUUUUGUGCCACAUUUCACGAGUUUGCGACUAAAUUGAAAAACUUUUUGCCCAAAACGGAGGUGGAUGGAUAUAGUAAAAUACACGUAGAGACAAUUUAUCUAUGUUUCACGCAAAUCAUCACAUGUAUUACUCAAUUGGAGCGGACCAUUAAUCUGGAGGAGUCGCUAGGAGCGACAGGUGGCACCCAUCUGUUGUUAACUCGAACACAUUUCCGGGAUCGCAUCGAGUGGUGUUUGCGUCGGCUGCAAGCUUCGAUCUAUCAGCUCAAUGAGGAGGCUAUAGCCAGCACUUCAGUUAAACUGGAGGAUUUGUCGUUUGUGGAGCUAUUGGACUUGGCGCUCGAUAAAUUGGAGAGCUAUAGCGACAUAGUCGAGCAGGAUGACAAUUUUAAUGCUGAAGAUCACCUUCAGCUAGUUGGUCAAGUGAAUCAUAUUGUCAGGCAUGCCUUAGCCUUUGCCAAUGUCGCACUCGAGUCGGACAAAAAGGCUUUGAUUGCCAUUUGUGAAACGGUUGUGGAUGAAAGUGCCGCCUUUGAGAAGAACUUUGAGAAAUAUAAUCGAAAUGAACGCAAAUUGGAAGCCUUGUCUCUGCAAAGAGCUCUCUACUCCGUGGAAACAUAUCUUAAUGAAGCUUUAUUGCGCUUGAUCUUCAGCAGCCUGGGGGAGGCCACAUAUGUGAGUGAAUUGAAGAAUGCUUUUCAGCAGAGCGAUUCUUCGAUUGAUUUGGACAAACUGAUUUGCGAUUUUGACAUCAAUGUGGAUCGCAUACAACAGAUUGGCGUCUUUGCCAUAGCCUUUACACAGGAUGUGAAAACGAAGACAAUCAUCAGAAGCUGCUUGGCCUCGUUGGAAUCUUUGGAUGCGUGCAUUGUGCCCGCAUUUCAAUUCCAAGCGACGUCCGCUGCGUCUUAUCAUGCAGAUAUUCUGGAAAAUCAUUUCAAAGAGGAGCUUGUGACGUUUCGUAAUGUAGUUCAUGAAAUAAUUGAUAGUCGAGCCUUACUCAACAACUAUUUGGAUAUAUUGGACGAGAGUAUUGACAAUGCAGCGAAACUCUAUCCCAAAGGCCAUUUACUGAAAGUAACCCAAAUGGGAAAUGUAUUAUUCGAACACUUUCAGCUUAAGGUGAACUGUCAAGAGCUCAAAGACAGUGCCGAAGGCCAGCGUUUGCAUCAGGAUUUUAUUGCCAUUUUACGCGAAUGUCAGGCCGUCCUUGAUGUAUCCAUUCGAGUGGAUCUCAAACGUAUUGUAAAACGUUUAAAAAUUUUUUAUUCGGUUUUAGCAAAACUACGCGAUCUCUGUGAUAGACUAGUGUACCAGAGAUCUGUCUGCAACAAUGAGAAGCCCAUGACGACAUCAACGAAAUUAAAAAAUUUCUCUCAUUCAUUCCAUAAUCUGGAAAGGGAAAAUACUAUUGUAAACAAAUCGUUGAAUUCAUUAAAUCAUGAAAGUGAUCUUUUAAGUUUUCACUUGACUGAAAUUUUGCGUAUUAGCUAAGCUGCAGGUUAAAA